UUAUAUAUAUCAUUAUCAAAUGAAUGCAAUUUUGUUGGUCCUGUAUCCGUCUGAAUAGAGAGUGUUUAGCAUCUGAACAAAGAAGGACUCACGCAGCGUCUCAGGGUUGUGCGGAAAGCGUGAUGAAGUGCAGGCGGCCGCAGAGGAGCGUGAGGGUGAUGGGUGUCAUUCACUGGGCUGUGAUGCUGGGGUUGAUUCAGUCCGGCGCGCUCGGCGCGAGGAGAUUCCGCGGAGGUCGAAACCCGCAGCAGCGACGAGCGCUUCCCACCGCUCACUACCGGGACCGUGCCGAAACCACCGAGAGCUUCUCACUGGACUUCACAGCUGUUGAAGAAAACAUGGACAAUUUCAUGACUCAGGUGAAGAACUUGGCGCAGUCCCUCUACCCGUGCUCGGCCCAGAAGCUCGACUACGACAUGAAGUUACAUUUCCUGGAGAAUACAUCAGUCUCCUGCAACGACGGGACCCCUGCGGGUGCAGGUGGCUGGUUCUGCUUCAACAAAGAGAACUGUGACAGCAGAUAUGAGACUAUGAGGAGGCUCAUGAGCUCCUCCAAAUGGCCACAAACCAAGACAGGCACAGGAAUACUUUCUUCGCUUCCAGAGCAAAACCCACACUGGUGGAAUGCCAACAUGGUGUUCAUCCCAUAUUGCUCAAGUGAUAUAUGGAGUGGAGCCACACCAAAAACUGAUAAAAAUGACUAUGCGUUCAUGGGUUCACUGAUCAUAAAGGAAGUUGUAAAGGAGCUGCUCACCAAGGGUCUGGAUAAUGCUAAGAUACUUCUGUUGGCUGGAAGCAGUGCGGGUGGCACUGGGGUGUUGCUGAAUGUGGACCCAGUAUCUGAGCUUCUGGAGGAGUUGGGUCACACAAACAUCCAGGUCAGGGGUCUGUCUGACUCUGGCUGGUUCUUGGACAACAAACAAUACCGCUGCACUGACUGCAUGGACACCAUCAACAGUGCCCCCACUGAGGUCAUCAAGAGAGGAAUCAAAUACUGGGGCGAUGUGGUACCAGAACGAUGUCGACAGGCUUAUGAAGGAAAAGAAUGGAACUGCUUCUUUGGAUAUAAAGUUUAUCCUACCAUUAAACGCCCUGUGUUUAUAGUGCAGUGGCUGUUUGAUGAAGCCCAGCUGACGGUAGACAACAUUCAUCUGACGGGACAGCCGGUUCAAGAAGGACAGUGGCGUUAUAUUCAGAAUCUAGGGAGUGAGCUGAGGAACACUCUGAAGGAUGUCCCUGCCAUGUUUGCUCCUGCUUGCCUUUCACAUGAAUUCAUAACAAGAAAUUACUGGACUGAUGUCCAAGUCAAAGGCACGUCUUUACCCAGAGCGCUCCACUGCUGGGACCGCAGUCUACAAGAAAACAGCCGAAAUAAUAAAUCCCCUCCCAAAGGCUGUCCCGUGCACUUGAUCGACAGCUGUCCAUGGCCUCACUGCAACCCGACGUGCCCAACGAUCCGAGACCAGUCGACGGGACAGGAGAUGAACGUAAUCCAGUUCCUCAUGCACAUGGGCUUUGAUGUACAGAAGAUGGCCCAUCAGCAGGGCAUGGACCCAAGUAAGCUACUGGGCAUGCUCAGCAGCGGCAGCUAAAUACCGUGGAAGGACUAGCUCCCGGUUGGGACCGUGAUUCCCAUCAGUCCGUUUGAUACCUCCAACCCCACACCCGCCUCAGCUUUGACCUCAGGCUAAGCCCUGCAUUUAGUCGGGGCUCUGUGCCAACUCUCUAUGGGCUUCCGUCUCCAGAUCUCCCCAUUAAUGAUCAGCUGGUUUCCAUUUUGCUCCAGUCUACACUAUUAUCACAGAGCAGCUUGGAGAUGGUGGAGAUGCCCAAAACUAAAAACAGAUUUGGAACAGAGCCCUUGUCAGAUCCACCUCAGAUAAACCAUGGGCUGCUGACUGUUUAAUGGUUCCCAACACAACACGGUACCAAUGAAAGUACUGAAGAACCAUGUAACCAGGACAAUGUACACCAGCAUCUUUGCUCUUAAUUUAUCUUUUGGUUAUAAAAGUAUCACGAAUGUAAUCCAGUUUUACGGAUCUUCAGCAUUGUUGUUUGCUUUGUUUUUUUUGUUUUUUUUUUACCAAUAUAGUAAGCCACAGUUUAUUAGAGUUUAAUGUGUCCAUUCAGAGGAAGUAAAUACAGAGAACAGAGAUUAUAGAGUUUAUAACGGAGUUCACGAAGUACAUAUAAAAUAUAUGGAUCUACUCAAGACUAUAAAGAAUCAUAAAAACAGGAAUUUUGGAACAGGCAGACAUGGGAUCACCUGCUCUAAACCCAACAUCUUUCUUGGGGUAUGGCUAAGUUAUGAUAAAAUGUCGUCAUAAUAGUUUUUAAGGAAUAGUCAGCCCUAUAAUAAAUUGUCACCAUUUACUUAAUUCCCAUGCCAUUGAAAACAUUAUUUAUUUCUUC